AUGACAAUAAAAGAUUUAAGGGAAAAGCAAGACGUUGCCAAUGCUUGGAGUAUUGAUAAACCUCCUGACCAUGGCUUUAUGCGUUCGGUGAAAGAAUGGUCCCAAAAUACAACGUUUCACGGCGUACGGUUCAUUUCUGAUUCGACAGCUCCCUUACGAAGAAUCAUGUGGCUUCUUCUAGUCCUUGGAUGCCUAGCGGCUGUUAUUUUUCAAAUAGUUGACCGCGUGAACUACUUCUACUCGUGGCCUAUUACUGUGAAUGUGGAGAUAAAUUACAACCAGUCCAUGAAAUUUCCAACAAUAACAAUUUGCAACCAGAAUGCCUUCAGAGGUUCAGAGGCAGCAAGGACAGGACGAUAUCGACUAGUUGAAGAAAUGUUUGUUAGUAAAGAUCCUCUCACUGCUGAAGAUUUGGAUAGACACAAUGCUACAAAUACUAGUUUAAAUGAGUUGUAUGCCGAUUUAGCGCACGCCAAAGAGGAUAUGAUUGUAAGUUGUAGCUGGAAGAACACACCGUGUACAGCUGAAGAUUUUAAACCUGUGUUGACAGAUCACGGCCAGUGUUACACGUUCACGCGUGAUCAAACCGAUAUGAUAAUGACGUCAUCAGGAGUGGACGCGGGACUUCGUUUGACUCUGAAUGUAGAACAAUAUGAAUACAUGGCUGGACCACACGACGCUGCAGGACUAAAGAUUCUCCUCCAUGACUCAAGGGAAAUGCCGUUCGUACACGAACUAGGGCAAGCUGUUCCAACUGGAACGCAUGCUUUCUUUGGAGUGAAGUUUAUGUCGAUUGACAACCUACCAGAUCCGCAUGGCGACUGUGCCGAGAAAGCACUUCGUCACACGACUUACUACACGACUGAAGAGUGCUAUUUAGACUGCCUUACUACACAUGCACAAGGCAAAUAUUCGCCACCGAUUUGCACAAUUCAACAGUAUUACGAAUGUCUUCAAGGUGUCUACGAUCUCAUUAUGCAGAUUGAAUUCAGUUUAGAUAUACAAGCAAAUAAAACAAAUGAAAUCUUCACAUCUAUGGAAGAUGCAUACCAGACAAAGGAGAGGAUAUACAGAUACCAAGAGUAUGCUAUAGAAAAGAACUUCUUGCGUGCAAGAGAAGCUAUGGAAGAACGUACCCUUGCAAAUAUUGCAAAUGCCUUUGCUGAAUUUGCUAUGACCAAUGUGAAACGUAUUCGCCGACUUGCUAACAGCACAUCAGAUGAUCAUGACAGAAAAGAUUUGUACGAAUCUAUAAUUGACGGUUUAAAGACGCGCCAGGAAAUUGCAGAGUUGGCGAGAGCAAACGUUACAUUACUUAUCAGCUCAUAUAUUUUUGGAGAGCCUAUUUUUAAUUAUAAGUUUGAAACAUUACCAAGAUCCCAUAACCAAUACAUCGUUCCUAAGCCAUUGAUGAACGAUAGUAUGCAUUAUAACUCGUAUGUGCAGAAGUAUGUUCCGAAACUGAAAGUUGCUGAUUUUGAUUUAAUGUACAAGGUUCUGGAAAUGUUCAUGAAUCAAACGAAGAUAGCAUAUGAGGAUCGACUCCAUUCUCUUGUGUCGAUGCUUCGUGAGUACACUGAUGAACAUACUGUUGGUCUAAUGGAUCUUGCAACUGAAUUUUCUUCCAAUCAAACAAAACAUUUAACAAACAAUCUAACAAUGUUCUAUCAAGAAGUACAGACCCGUGGUCAAGAGGUUAUAGAUCUCCUGAGUUUUAUAGAAAAUCCGAUACAUUCAAUGUGGGCUCUAAUCCUGAAUGACGAAGAUUCAUGGGACUAUUACAAUUUUACCGGGAACACUUUGUUUAUGAGAAACAGUUCACUUGUGGAUACGGAAUGGGAAUCAAAAGUUUCAGCUGCUAAAUCAUAUGAUAUACGUGACCAUAUUGGGCACAAAUCUGAAGACUUCAACUCUGCCUUCAAGAAUCUAGCUUCUCGACUGGAAAGUUUCAAAACUUCAAUAGAAAUAGACGGCAACUUUUUACGAGAAAAUUUCCUUCAGGUCGACAUCUUUUACCGACAACUUAGCUACGAACAUAUCAACCAACAAAAGGCAUACGACUUCUUCGCAUUGAUAUGUGAUGUUGGGGGAGCUAUGGGCCUGUUCAUCGGUGGCAGCAUGCUGACCGUUCUGGAAGUCAUCGACCUGUUCCUCAUCCAGCUGCCCAUAUUCAAACAUAAAACGAAAAACAAACAAAACACGAUACUCAGCUACCCAUUGCCUAAAGAAAGAAUUUAA